GGUUCGGACGGUCGGUCGGGCGGGCGGAUGGAGGGAGCGGGCGGAAGCCUGGGGCCUGGGCCUCCUGGUGUCUCCCGGGGCCGAUUCUAUUCCUGCCGCUGCUUCUACACCGACAACAUCUUCCUGGAAGAUUUCAGGCACCAUGUCCGCUCGACAGAGCCGGAGCUGCGGGCGAUUUUAAGAAGCAAAGGGUGCAAGACUGAAGAACAGUUCAGAAAGGUUCAAGCUAAGAUCGAUGAGGAAGUUCAGAGAAGAAAGUCGCUCAGUCAGCGUAGUUUGGAGAGGACGGGCAUUAUUUCAACCUGUUACAGACCACUGAAUCCUGGGCUGUAUGUUUUACAGGAAUCCUUCCUUGCUCCAGAAUUCUGUGAUAUAGUCGCCUACUGCAGAAAUGAGGAUGCAGAUUUUGAAGGACUGCUGGACCGUGUUCAUUCGUUACCAGCUGAGAGAGUUUAUUCAAUUCCAGUGUUCACUGAGGAAUUCUGCAGCCAGUUGAUUGGAGAACUUGAGAAUUUUGAACAGUCCAACAUGCCAAAGGGCCGACCCAACACUAUGAAUAACUAUGGGGUGCUUUUAAAUGAACUUGGAUUUGAUGGAACUUUUAUUACUUCGCUGCGUGAGGAUUAUCUUCAGCCAAUCACAUCACUUCUUUACCCAGAUUGUGGAGGUUGGAAGAUGGACAGUCACAAAGCGUUUAUAGUGAAAUAUGCUGUAAAUCAAGACCGGGAAUUAAGUUUCCAUUACGACAACGCUGAAGUCACUCUUAAUGUGUCACUCGGGAAAGAUUUUAGUGAAGGAAACCUCUACUUUGGAGACAUGAGACAGGUUCCAAUAAGUGAGAGCGAGUGUGUAGAGAUUGAGCACAGAAUGAGUCACGGAUUGCUCCAUCGAGGCCAACAUUGCCAUGGAGCCCUACCUAUCUCCUCAGGAGAACGCUGGAAUCUCAUCAUAUGGAUGCGAUCGUCUCCAGUUCGUAAUGUGCUCUGCCCAAUGUGUGACAGGAAGCCAGAAUUGGUGGAAGCAGUGGGAUUCGGAGAUGGUUUCACCUCUGAGCUAUCAGAGGUCCAGCAACAGCAGCAGGAGGCAGUGGGUGCCUGCACUUUAAAUUAGUGAAUUCUAAGCCGUGUUAGGUUUGUUCCUGCCCUGUUCAGGAAGGAGGUCCUGCACCCAGAUACACAUCCAUUAACCUGGCUGAUUCACAACCAUUGGCAGAAGAAGUGCCUUUUUAAUUGAAGAAUUAUAGAAAACAUUCAUGCCAUUUCUUAAUUUCAAGCAUCAUUUUCUCUCAAUUAUCUAGUAACGUACGUGUUUGGGGUUUAAGAGUCUCUCUCUGUCUCUUAGAUGUUUUAAGCCUUGCAUGCUGCAUUAAGGGAACUCGAAGGUGCUGUCCCUCUCCCACCAACCCUCUUUUCGUCCAGAUUUGGUGGAUAAAGUCACGUCUGAUUUAGCAUCGCUCCUGCAGUCUGAAGGGACAGUCUGCACCUGGCACCUCUUUGCUGGAUAGUGGUUGCAUCGUGGAUUGAAAGUGUUUUUCCAGUCUGGAAUUGCUCUGUUAGUGCUCAAACACUAUUUAAAUCAAGUGUGAAGUGUAGGGUAUGUGGACUGGAAUUAAAUACAAUCUGUUCUUGGUACAGGUUAGCCCCAGUCAAAGACACAUCAUUGUGAGCUGGAUCCGUUGAGGUCAUUUUGUGUUGCCGCUAUGAUUUUGUUACUCUGUAAUUGUCUUGUCAAAUGUCCAGCAAAUUGUCAUCUUGAACAAAUGUUAAAACAUUUUGGAAUAAAUUUGAAUUAUCUAAUGCUCAAUGAAGGAUGUUAGUGUUGAAAAUCAGGAUACUUCAAAAUGUCGUUCACUGUGAGUCUGGGACAAGAGUGCAAGUUGUGAACUGGACUUCAACAAAUCUGAUGUAAAAAAUAAAGGAUUUUGCAGAAA